CAUUUUGCUAAAGGAAAAAGUUGUUCGAAAGUCACCAUUUCAUCAAAGGAUGCCCACCCGUAACCGUACACCCUGUAUAUGGGAACCUAUUCUACAAGGGGCCGGUCGAAAACCCGCCAUUUUUUUUUGCGGAAGCCUAUCCUAUUCGAUACUAUACUUCCGGUAGUUCGUUAUGGAAUCUCAAGAAGUGAGAUUCGUUGUGUAAGCAGUGUUUAGUGAAUAAUUACUUAUAUUUGCAUGAAUUCAUUUCACGUAGUUUCCAUUUAUUGCAUAUACUUCAUUCAUAUUAAUUUAACAAUAACGAUAUGAGUGCUGCUUCAAGUUCAAGAGCUGAACAGUAUUUCUACAGCAUAAAUCCUUUGGCUCAAAGAAUUGGAGAAGAUAUAACAGCAACAAAGGAAGCCUACGAGGGUCUGUGGAAUGCAUUAAGUAUAGCAGAACAAAAUCAAGCAAUCAAUGAAACUAUAAUUCAACCAGAGGUUGCCUUGAAAUAUGCUUUAAAAAAAGCUGAACUUAAUAAAGAAAUACCAGAAUGGUAUCCAAAGUUAAGAAUUCAGACUGGAAUGAAAUAUGUCAUCGACGAGACUGGUUCUACAUUACGGUGGAGAGAUGAACAUUCAGCUCCAUUUUCAUUCAUGACUCAAUCACAAAUGAAUCUCAGUGUAAUAGAUUCAACUGAAGAUGUAAAGUCUAAAUUGAUAAGAGCUCAGUUUGGGGAAUCAUCGCGUUUCUCAAGUCCAGCCAAAUCACAGAGAAACAACUCGAAUUCCCUUAAUGACAAUUAUACUUUGCCCCUUGCAGUUAGUUGCUUUCAAUCUGAUUGUUUCCCCAAUGGUAUUUUUGGGGAUGAACAGUGUAGUGGCUUGUUAGAGGGGAAUAUUGAGAAUGAUCAUUCUGAGAGCAUAUUUACUAAAUUAAUGAAUAAAACAUCGUUAUUAAAAUUACAAAAUAAUCUAGCAGAUGAUAUGGAGAGUUUAGUUAGAGAAAGAGAUUCAGAUACUGAUAAAAGUCAGUCAAAUACGUUAGUAGUAAUGUCGCGUACGAAAUCGAGUGAUAUUAACGAAUCGACCGCAUUGUUAGAGACACCUAGCUCUUAUAAUAGCUUUCAGUCUUCUCAGUUGAAUCAGGAGGAAGAAGAAGAGAGAACUAUACCAAAGACUGGUUUUGAAUUUCUUGAUAAUUGGUAGAUUAGCUAACUAUGUUUAUACAUAUUUAUAUUAUAGUACUAUUUCAUUAACAUACAUUUGUACAAUUUUAGUUCCUAAACUAUUAUUAUCAUAUUGAUACAGAUCAAUAUUGCUUUAGAAGACACAGCUUUUAGUAUUUCUAUAAUGCAAUUUAUGAUCUCAAAUUAUAUUUCUAUAAGAUGAUCCUGAUGUGAUUAUCAGGAAAAAGUUAAACCAUGGAUAAAAUGUAUGCAUAUCGAAUGUAACAAGAUUUUUAUAUUUUAUACAGGAUCCGGUCGAAUGACAUGUAAAAGCGGACACCACGUGAUUCUUUAUGAAAAAAUAAGAAAAAGAAAAAUAAAUAUAGAGAAUAACAUUUUUCUGUAUUUGUUUAUUAUUUAUUUAUUUUUCAUUUUUUAUUUUUUUUCGUAAAGAAUCACGCGGUAUCCUGUUUUACAUGUUAUUCGAUCGGACUCUGUAUAUGUAACAUACAAUAUGUAUAAUAUGAAUUAUUUGUUUCUAUAAUAAAAAAGUCUCAUAUAUGUAUCUAUACAUAGAUACUAUAAUAUUAUAUAUAUAUAUAGAAUU